UUUUCUUCUCUUCUCUUCUCUUCUCUUUUUGUAUGUUUUUUUUCCACUGGUAAUAUUAUAAUUCCCCCUUUCUGGUCCUAUCCUUCCUUUUCCUGUCCUAUCCCCUUCCAUUUUAACCUUUGUCCACCUUCUCUCUCCCGCCUGUCCGCUCAGAAUACUUUCAUUUCUCCGCUGUUACCGCCGCUUCCUCAUAUUCCACACCCGCUAAAAACAAUAUAACUUCGAUAAUGAAGUUCACCGCCUUCACUAUUUUCCUCGCCACCGCCGUGGCCACCGUCAGCGCCAAGAGCUGGAACAUUGCCAAAGAUCUGGACGAAGGUGGCUCCAACGAUGCCUGCGUUGCUAACUGCAAUACUGGUGAGGGCGACCGCUCCGGAUGCUUUAUCAAGUGCCAGGACACUCAUAAGUGCAACACCGAAUUUGCGCCGGUUUCAUACACUGAUACUGCUGACAUUGCCAUUGUGCCCGACUACGUUGGUCCCUCUGUCUCCUACAAGGGUGAGAAGCUUGAUGACCUGAACGACGGCAACGACCGUAGCAAUCUGGAUGAUUCCAGCAGCUCCAAGAGCCAGAGUGAUGGCGAUAACAAGAAUAGCUCCAGCGAAAUGUCCGCAUUACCUCGAUGA